AUAUUAUAAAAAUAGAAGAAGAAUGUUUCUCCACGAUCAGUAUACAUUACAAUUUUUGUUCAAAUAACUUUUAUUUAUUCUCUAUUUGAUAAAAUCAAGACCGAAAGGAUAUGGAGCAGACAGUGAUUAAGGACGAAAUCGAGAUUCACGAUGAUUUUAUUUGGAAUAUGAAUGUUAAACAAGAAUUGAGUGAUGAAAUGCCUAGUGCUGCUUUUCAAAAUAUAAAUAAAAUUAGUAAGCAUCCUGUUAAACAAGAAAUAAGUGACGAUCUAGUAUUUGAAGAAUCUAUGAUUCCCGCAAAAACAGGAGAUCGUACUAAUUUGGUUGAUAAACCUAAAAUUCCAGAGAAAUUGGUACAUUUUAGAAUAAAACCAGAUGGAAAACAUCUGAUUCUGAAUACAAUUGGUGGGAUUAUAAUUUGUGAGUUGUGUGGAAAAUUGUAUACCAAAAAAACCGAAUUUCUUUGUCAUUUUUCUAAAAGACAUUGUAUGAAACAGAAAUUUUACCAAAAAAAUAACUGUUGUGAAAGAAGAUCAACAACAGACACUGCUGUUAACAGAAAUCUUGACAAGAUUGUUAAAAAUGAAAUAGUUCAGCCUUAUUUGAAAGAGGAAGGCGAUAUUAAAUUUGCUGAUAAUCUAAAGUUAAGUUUAAAUGAAUGCCAGACAUUGGAAAAAAUUGAUAUUAAUGGGGAUUUGUGUGUUCGCAAUGAAAGAAAGCCAUUCAAAUGUGAAAUUUGUUUAAAAACAUUUUCGCAGAAGUAUAAUAUGAAAAUACAUUCGCGUAUACAUACAGGGGAAAAGAAAUUUAAAUGUGAGAUUUGUUUAAAAAUUUUUUCACAUAAAGUUAGUUUAAAUUCCCACAUGUAUAUUCACACAGGUGAAAAACCAUUCAAAUGUGACAUUUGUUCAAAAACUUUUUCACAAAAAUCCAGUAUGAAUAGACAUUUGUUUCUCCAUACAGGAGAAAAGCCAUUCAAAUGUGAUGUUUGUUCAAAAUCUUUUUCAGAAAAAUAUCAUUUCACUCUACAUUAUCGUAAUCAUACUAGAGAAAAACCAUACAAAUUUGAAAGUGCUUCGAGUCAUUUGCACAAUCGCACAAGAGAAAAUAUAUUUAAAUGUGACAUUUGUUUGAAAACUUUUUUACAUAAAUAUAGUUUGAAAAGACAUUUGAUUAGUCAUUCAGGGGAAAAGCCUUUUAAAUGUGAUGUUUGUAUGAAAAGUUUUUCGCAAAAACAUCAUUUCAAUAUACAUUUGCAGAGCCACUUAGGAGAAAAGCCGUUUAAAUGUGACAUUUGUCCGAAAACAUUUACACAGAAAUACAGUUUGAAAAGACAUUUGCUCCUUCAUACAGGAGAAAAGCCAUACAAUUGUAAAAGUCCUUUGCGGAUCCAUUUGCACAGUUUUACAAGAGAAAAGCCUUUUAAAUGUGACAUCUGUUCGAAAACUUUUUCACAUAAAUAUAGUAUGAAAAGACAUUUGAUAAGUCACUCAGAAGAAAAGCCAUUCAAGUGUAACAUUUGUAUGAAAACUUUUUCACAAAAAUUUUAUUUUAAUAUACAUUUGCGCAGGCACUCAGAAGAAAGGACAUUCAAAUGUAACAUGUGUUCAAAAACAUUUUCACAGAAAAGUUGUUUGAAUGUACAUGUAUGUGGUUAUACAGGAGAAAAGCCAUACAAAUGUGAAAGUGCUUUGAAGAAACAUCUGCACCGUCACACAAGAGAAAAGCCGUUCAAGUGUGAUAUGUGUUUAAAAACUUUUUCACAUAAAUAUAGUAUGAAAAGACAUUUGCUGAGUCACUCAACAUACAUGUGCGUAGCCACUUAGGAGAAAGACCAUUUAAAUGUGAAAUUUGUUCAAAAACUUUUUCACAGAAAAGUUGUUUGAAUGUACAUUUACGUAGUCAUACAGGAGAUAAUCCUUUUAAAUGUGACAUUUGCUUGAAAGCUUUUCCACAGAAAAUCCAAUUGAAGACACAUUUGCUCAAUCACAAAGGAGAAAAACCGUUCAAAUGCGACAUCUGCUCAAAAACUUUUUCACUGAGAUAUAAUUUAAAUACUCAUUUACGUAGUCACACAAGUGGAAAACCAUAAAAGGUUGAAGAUUAAAAAAACAAUUGUAAUUAUAGGCGUCUUUUCCACUGGAUAGGAAGAGUUACCAUAGUAUUAGCAACUCGUCUACUGAAAUCGACUGUAAAGCCGGUCCUGUUCGUUUAUGUUAAUCGAUGCUAAAGUUUGGCGAAUGCGCCUACUGUUUUAACCUACUUUUAAUGUGGCGACUAAUCUCUGCAUUUUUUUGUGAGCUGUUAACAUUACUUUUUUUAUAGGCAGUUUCUAAGAAGGUCUUUUUAUUUGUUUACGAGAUAAAUUAGAAAUUUCCAGGAAUUCAAACAUUUUAGAAAGCGAGUCUCCAACACCAUUAGUAGUCAUAAAAAUUUUAUGUCGUAGUGAACACAUUGGCAUAAUUAAAAGUAGACCAGUAGACGGUGAAUCCAAAUAAAUUAGUGUGUCAAGUAUUAGUGAAUAGUUAAGUGUAUUCAGUGUUAUUUUAUAAAUAAAUCAGUAAGAUUUACCAGAUGUAUAGAUUCACCCCAUCGUUUAAAUACCUAGUGCGAUUUUGUCAGUUCCUCACGUCGACACACUUGAAAUUUUUUCUCCUGGGGUGGAGGGCAAAGCUGUGCCAACCUGAUGACCAAUGCAGGAAACUUUUCAAUUAUAUUGAAAACAAAAGAUGAAAUAAUGAGGGUCCUAGGUACAAUUUUUGCCGGUAAAAUUUGAACUAUCACUUAACUUAUUCCACCAUAUGAAAUUAUCUUUUAUACGUUCAAUUAAUUGCACAAAAACAUUUUUUUUUUUUUGGAAAGACAGUCACACUUAUCAAAGUUCUUCAGCUGGGAGCGCAUAACCUCGCUUUUUAGUGAUUUAUCGCUUCUGUAAAAUAACUAUUUUUGUAUUAUUUGUUAUCAAGAUACUUAAUAUUUUCAAAGAUUGAAUUGAUGUGUUGUUGAUUAAACGGUGGCCAGCUAAACUAGGUAUCCAGAUACAUACAAAACGAAGAAGAACUAAUUCCAUAAUCAUAGUUUGUUCUAAUAGUGUUUGUGUUGAAAUAAAAUUCAUUAUUAACAAUAAAUUAACAUUCCAGAGAUUAAUUAUUAUUAAUUUAAUAGUAAUUAAGGAAAAAAUCUGUGAUGAUUUUGUUUUGAAUAGUUAAAAUAUUGUUAGCAAGCAUUCAAUUGCACAAGAAACAAAAGAUGAAAUAAACACACUUCAUAUAUCUAAUAAAGUCAAUAUACCCAA